AUGCCUGCGUGGGUGCCCCCCUUGGCGGCGCAGCAGUGGGGGCAGACGACCACCGCUGGCAUCGUUGCCGGCAUGAUGCUGGGGGCCAGCCGCGAGGCCGCUCGCACCCAGGCCUCCUCUCCGUUUUCGAUGCACAACAGCCACCAUCAGCAGCAAACAGCAGCACCCCCCUCCACCACAGCCGCCCCAUCUCACUCCUCCCACUCGGCGCGCUAUGCUACAGCUCGCCUGGCAGCGGAGCGGCGGCUGGUGAGGGUGGUGAGGGCGUCGGUGGCGGGCGGCGCACAGCUGGGCGCGCUGGCAGGCGUCUUCUCCGCCUCGCAGCUGGGCCUCCGCGCACUCAUGCUGGAGUGGAGAGAAGAGGGCGUGGCACAGAGGAGGCGCACACAGGAGGGCGGUGGCAGCAGUAGCAGUAGCAGUAGCAGUGGCAGAAGUGGGGAAGAGGGGGUUGGGGGCAGCAGCAGGGGGUGGCAGGGGGAGGAAUUGUGUGAGCCUGACGUGGCCAGCUCUGUUGGCGCUGGUGCCGUGACAGCUGGGCUUGUGGGAUUGGUUGGGUUGAAUCAGUCCUUCCGUGGCGUCGGCAGUGGUGCGUGGGAGCAGAGGAGGGUGAGUGGCAGUGGUGCGUGGGAGCAGAGGAGGGUGAGUGGCAGUGGUGCGUGGGAGCAGAGGAGGGUGAGUGGCAGUGGUGCGUGGGAGCAGAGGAGGGUGAGUGGCAGUGGUGCGUGGGAGCAGAGGAGGGUGAGUGGCAGUGGUGCGUGGGAGCAGAGGAGGGUGAGUGGCAGUGGUGCGUGGGAGCAGAGGAGGGUGAGUGGCAGUGGUGCGUGGGAGCAGAGGAGGGUGAGUGGCAGUGGUGCGUGGGAGCAGAGGAGGGUGAGUGGCAGUGGUGCGUGGGAGCAGAGGAGGGUGAGCGGCAGUGGUGCGUGGGAGCAGAGGAGGGUGAGCGGCAGUGGUGCGUGGGAGCAGAGGAGGGUGAGCGGCAGUGGUGCGUGGGAGCAGAGGAGGGUGAGUGGCAGUGGUGCGUGGGAGCAGAGGAGGGUGAGCGGCAGUGGUGCGUGGGAGCAGAGGAGGGUGAGCGGCAGUGGUGCGUGGGAGCAGAGGAGGGUGAGUGGCAGUGGUGCGUGGGAGCAGAGGAGGGUGAGCGGCAGUGGUGCGUACGAAUGUGAUACGAUUCUCUACCUGAGGGUAUUUUCCAACUUAGCUAUGGAGGCCAUCAGCAGAGCAGGUGUGGCUGAAGUGGUGGGUGUGGCCAUUACCACAUGGAUGGUACCAUCCAUGUUCUGCCACCACGUGGGUGUGGAGGCCAUCAGCACAGCAGGUGUGGCUGAAGUGGUGGCUCCAGGCAUGAGUCUGUCUGGGUUGGAGGCAGCGCUUGAGUGGUGGGGAGAGGCGAGAUUGUCAGCAGGUAGCAGAGAGGAGGACUGUGUUGUUGGGAUGGGAGCAAAGGUGGCAGACGUGAGGAAUGAGGUAUGGCGUGCAGCGAGGGUGGCGGGCUGGCACCGGGCCACCCGUGCCUCGCCGGCCCAUCGCCUCAAGGCGGGUGCUCUCCACACCGUGGCCGGUGCUGCCCUCGCAUUCCCCCUGGGUGAGUCGCACCUCUUGAGGUGGUUUCUUAGGCGCCUCAACAGCAUUGAGGUAAUUUUUGAGGUGGUUUUUGAGGCGCAUCAAAAAGCCGCCUCGCCGGCCCAUCGCCUCAAGGCGGCAGCUCUGCACACCGUGGCUGGUGCCACACCAUGGCUGGUGCUGCCCUUGCCCUCCCACUGGGUGAGCGGCACACACCACUUGAGGUGGUAUUUGAGGCGCCUCAACAGCAUUGCGAUGGUAUUUAAGGCGCCUCGAAAACCUCCUCAUGUGCCAUCGCCUCAAGGGGGCUGCCCUCCCACUGGGCGAGCCGCACCACUCGCACUCACUAGGGGCGUUCUGCCAUGCCGCCAUGCCCACUCGCACUCACUAGGGGCGUUCCGCCGUGCUGCCAUGCCCACUCGCACUCACUAG